AAAAGAGAUAGGAACACAGAAACAGCAUUUUACUUCGUCACUCCAAGAGCUUUUCAUCUCCAACACUCAGUCCGAGGACCUGGAGAAAGCUCUUUUCCCACAUAAGUUCAUUAGCAAUGCUAUUACUUUUACUUAUUUAUAUUUAUGCUGUUCUCUUCACAGUAUAAUUCUUCGUUCUAGAGAGAGAGCAGGUUGUUGGCCAGCACCGUCGUUUCUUGGUUGAAACCCCCAUCAGGGAUGCGUGGAGAUGCCUCACUCUGCCUGGCUCCAGUGACCGAGAGACCCUGGGCCUAGGAUAAGCCGAUGCCAUAGGCAUGAAGCGUGUUUCACCCCCGCAGCACAUCGGCCCGGCAGAACCUUCAUCUCCCUCAGCCUUUCCCUUCUCCGUCAUGGCGGCGGCGGCUUCCAGGCGGGCGAGCUCCCUCCUCUACGUCGCGGCCGCACGGGGGGAGGGAACGGGGCUGGCGCCGGUCGCGGGCAUUGUUCGUCUCUGCGUGCGCCGCCUCCGCCCCUUCCCUGCGCCGGAGAGCUGGCCGGGCCGGGUGCCCGGAGAGGGCAGAGGGGUGGGGGAGAAGAACGGGCCCGUUUCUCUCCUCCAAGCGCCGGGCUCCCCGGGGCGCCCGGCCCCGCGCUCAGCGGGUGAGCGGCGGCGGGAGGCGCCAUGGCCGACAGGGUGAGGGCGGCGCUCUCGGAGUCGGGCUGGUAUCUUUCAGAUGAAGGAAUUGAAGCUUGUAUAAGUUCAUCUGAAAAAGUCAAUACGAAUGACAUUAUCCUAGUUGCACUUAAUACAGAUUUAAGAACGAUUGGCAAGAAAUUCCUCCCCAGUGACAUCAAUGGUGGAAAGGUGGAAAAGUUGGAAGGGCCGUGUGUUCUGCAAAUACAGAAGAUACGCAAUGUUUCUGCACCAAAGGAUAAUGAAGAAUCUCAGGCUGCACCCAGAAUGUUACGUUUACAGAUGACCGAUGGACAUACAAGCUGCACAGCUAUAGAAUACAAUAGCAUGUCAAAAAUAAGCUUGAACACUCCACCUGGAACAAAAAUUAAACUUUCUGGAAUUAUUGAAGUAAGAAAUGGAUUCUUGCUGUUGGAUGAUAGUAACACUGCAGUUCUUGGAGGUGAAGUGGAGCAUCUUAUAGAAAAGUGGGAAUUGCAAAGGAGUUUAGCAAAACACAGUAGGAGUAAUAUUGGAACCGAAGGUGGCCCUCCCCCUUUUUUGCCUUUUGGGCAGAAAUGUGCAUCUCACACGCAAGUGGAUAGCAGAGAGCUUGAUCGCAGAAAGACUCUGCAAAUGACAAAUACUGCAAAACCUGUUGCUGACAACGAUGAAUUUGAAAAACAAAGAACAGCUGCCAUUGCAGAAGUUGCAAAGAGCAAGGAGACCAAGACGUUUGGAGGAGGUGGUGGUAGCAGCAGAAGUAAUCUUAGUGUAAGUGCUGGAGGGAAUCGAAACAGGGAACUUUUCCAGAAAGAGAAGAUAACAAAACCUGAGGGAAAAAAUGAAGGUGUCUACAGAGAACUGGUUGAUGAAAAGGCUCUAAAACACAUAACAGAGAUGGGAUUCAGUAAAGAAGCAGCAAGACAGGCACUUAUGGAUAACAGUAACAACCUAGAGGCAGCAUUAAAUUUUCUUCUGAACAGCAGUAAACAAAAGCCCCUUCAGGGACCACCACCUAGAGGUAAAGGAAAGGGCCGAGGCCGAAUAAGACCCGAAGAUGAAGAAGAGCUGGGAAAUGCUAGACCAUCUGCGCCGAGCACACUGUUUGAUUUCUUAGAAUCCAAAAUGGGUACUUUAACAGUAGAGGAACCAAAAUUGCAAUUUCAGUCACCACAUCAAGUACAGCCCAAAGUUAUGAAUACAGAACAGAAUGGCAUCAAAGAGAAUCAUUCAAGGCAUAUUACUCGCAAUGACAUGAGACAACCAAGGAAUGAGAAGCCUCCUCGUUUUCAAAGAGAUAUUCAGAAUUCAAGGCAGGCUUUGGAAAGUGGGGGAUUACCAAGAAACAGAGGUCCUGAAAGGCACAACUCUUUAGAACACUGGACAGAUGAGAAAAUUAAAAGUGACAGACAUUAUCCUAGAAAUGAUAGGCCAAAGGAUUUGGGUUAUCCCAUAGCUGCUCAUCAGAGUGAUAUUUCUUUUAAAAAAAGGGAUAACAAUAUGCAAAACAGAAUAGGAAAAGGGGUGUCUUUCACAGAAUUCAAGGAGAACUCUGCUGCUCAAGAUACUACAGACAACAAUAACCAGAAACGUGGGAAAAGGGAAAAUCAAAUACACAAUUCUGAAAAUUUUUGUGAUAGGAAAGCACGAACAAUAAGUAAUGAAACCUUUAUGGUAAAAAAUGAGCAACAUUUUGGUGUGAAUAAUGAUUACCACAACCCUGGUAGAACUGAUAAUUUUAAUUCUAUACCAAAUGGCGAUACAGAACAUCAUCAGAAAGGAAGACGAGUAGGGCCUAUCAAAUUGUCAGGACCUACUGUGAUUCCAUCUUAUGAUGAUAAAAUUUUGUAUUACAAUACUGGACCCAAAAGAAGAUCUGGGCCCAUCAAACCAGAGAAAAUAAUGGAACCAUCGAUUCCUGCAGAGUAUGGGAAAAUCUGGAGACCUGGGGAUGAAUGUUUUGCUCUUUAUUGGGAAGACAACAAGUUCUACCGGGCAGAAGUUGAAGCUCUUCAUUCUUCUGGAAUGACUGCAGUUGUUAAAUUCUGUGACUAUGGAAAUUAUGAAGAGGUUCUUCUCAGCAACAUCAGACCUAUUCAUGCAGACACCUGGGAUGAUGAAGAAGAAACAUAUGAGCAAACUCUAGAAUUCCGCAGAGGAGGUGAUGGUCAGCCAAGGCGGUCCACACGACCUACUCAACAAUUUUAUCAACCCCCAAGAGCUAGAAACUGAUUAAUAAGAAUUAAACGUGAUCUUCUCGGGUUGAGGGAAAAUUCACUGGCAGCUCCAACUUGGUGAAGACUUCUAGAAGAACUUCUGCCUUUUCCAAGCAACAGGGUGGGACAAAGAAAGCUGAUAUGAGCAGAAGGAAUUUGAACUUGAUACCACAAGAGACUUUUUUUAAAGUUCUUAGUUAAAUGAAGCUGAAUACUUUUUACAUAUGAAAGAAGCAAAUUGUCUUUGCUGCCAUCAAUAAAACCACAGUGCACUAUUC